AUGGUCGUCCAAGAACCAUUAGUGUUUCUUAAUUUCCGAGGUGCUGAUGUGCGCGACAGCUUCAUCAGUUUUCUGGUGGAUGCUAUGAGAAUCGCUGGGAUCAAGGUGUUCAUAGACAAUGACGAAAUGAAGGGAGAAGAUCUAAAUAUUCUUUUCCGUAGGAUCGAAGAAUCAAAGAUUGCACUAGUUGUGUUUUCGAGAAGGUACAUGGAAUCAAAGUGGUGUUUGAAUGAGCUGGUGACGAUCAAAAAAUGUAUCGAUGAAAAGAAACUUGUGGCUAUUCCCAUAUUCUUUAAGGUUGAGCCUGAUGAGUUAACAGAGCUUCUUGAUAAUGCAUGUCGUGAGAUUCAUGGCAAUGCGCACGACACUCACAUUAUGAAGAAAUGGAUGGAGGCAUUGACGUGUAUUAAGUCUAAGACGGGCUUGACUUUCAAGGAAAAGAGUAACGAGGCCAAUUUCGUCAAGGAAAUCGUCGACAAGGUCCUGCAAAGGCUCAGCACCAUUCAAUGUCUGGAAGAAGAACCUAAAAUGGCUACUCUCUCUGGAAUCGAAUAUCGGCUUAAGCAAGUCGAGGAAAAGAUGUGUUUUGAUCGCGGCGAUGAAACUCGAAUCGUCGGAAUCGUUGGGAUGCCUGGUAUUGGAAAAACCACCCUCGCGACGGAGCUAUUCAACAAGUACAGAUGUAAGUUCAAUCGUUGCGUGAAUUUUCUGAGGAUCGGUGAGAAUUUUUUGGAUUUUGGUCCUGGUCGCUUGCGGAAGAUGUUCCUCGAAGGUUUACUUCAGAAACCAAUUGCGAAACUUAGUGACGAGGCCACGUAUGAUGAUUACUUGAAGAGAAACAAAGUCUUUGUUGUUCUUGACGAUGUGAGUAGCGCUACAGAGAUAGAAGUUCUUCUUGGGAACCGAAACUGGAUCAAGAAAGGAAGCAAGAUCGUUAUCAUAACCCGUGACAGAGCAUUCAUCACUGAGUUUGAUCCAAAUCCUUAUGUGGUUCCAAGAUUGAAUCCUAGAGAUGGGUGGAAGCACUUCAGCUUUUACGCCUUCGAAGCUGGCAUCUGCGAUCUGGAGAGGAGAGAUUACGUUAAAAUGUCUAGAGAGUUUGUGGAUUACGCUAGAGGCAACCCAUUAGCUCUCAGCUUACUGGGUAGGGAUCUUGUUGGGAAAGGUGAGGUUUUCUGGAAAGCAACGCUUGAUGCAUUGGCAAAAUGCCCCAACCAGAGCAUUCAAGAACUUUUGAAGAUAAGUUAUAAUGAACUUAGUGAAAAGGAGAAAGACGCCUUCCUUGACAUUGGGUGUUUCUUCAGAUCAGAGGAUGAGUAUUAUGCGAGAAGCUUACUGGGUUCGAGGGAUCAUGACUCUGAAGCUGCGAGUCAGAUAACGGAUCUUGCCUUCAAGUCUUUGAUAAGCAUCUCUGGGGGACGCGUAGAGAUGCAUGAUUUACUACAUACAUUUGCCCUGGAACUUUGUUCAUUAUCAACGAAUCAAGAGAAAUGUAGGCUGUGGAAAUGUCAAGACAUUAUCGCUGCGCUGCAGGACAAAAUGAUUAAUAACUCAGUUAAAACCGUGAGAGGCAUUUCUCUAGACAUGUCUGAAGUAACGGACAUGCCUUUAGACACUUCGGUCUUUACAAAAAUGUGCAAUCUCUUGUACCUUAAAUUCUACAACUCUACUUGUCCUCGGGAAUGUGAAGGCGACUGCAAGUUAAACUUCCCUGAUGGGCUCUCGUUACCACUAGAAGAGGUCCGGUAUUUCGACUGGUUGAAAUUCCCGUUGGAGGAACUUCCAUCGGACUUUAACCCGAAGGAUCUUGUUGAUCUUAGGCUGCCUUACAGCAAGAUUACACAAGUCUGGAAAGUUCCCAAGGAUACACCGAAACUGAAGUGGCUCGAUCUUAACAACUCGAGAAUGUUGCAGAAGGUGUCAGGGUUUUCAAAGGCCCCAAAUCUUUUGAGAGUGAAUCUUGAAGGUUGCACAAGUCUAGAUUGCUUUUCAUUUAAAGAGAUGCAAACUAUGGAGAGUCUUGUUUUCUUGAACCUCAGAGGAUGCACAAGUCUCUGGCAUCUACAGGACAUGAAUCUGAUAUCAUUGAAAACUCUUAUCCUCAGCGGCUGUUCGAACCUUUGUAAAUUUCCGCUGAUUUCUGAAAAUCUAGAAUCUCUGUACUUGGAUGGAACUGCAGUAAGGGAUCUCCCUUCAGACAUUGUGAAGCUUGAGAGACUUGUCUCAUUGAAUCUGAAAGAUUGCAGGAUGCUCAAUUUUGUCUCUCGAGCUUUGAUCGGGACUUGCUAUCCUGGAUACGAAGUACCUCCAUGGUUUAGUCACCAAGCAUAUGGUUCAGUGUUAGAACCACAGCUACCUCCACAUUGGUGCGACAAUAAGUUUCUUGGGAUAGCUCUGUGUGCCAUUGUCUCGUUUCGUGACUACAGUGUUAAAAGCAACCGUCUCGUGGCUAAAUGCAUCUGUGAGUUUGAAAAUUUAGAUGCACCAGGUAGCCGGUUUAGUGUUCCUGUUGAAGGUUGGUUUGAAACAGGGGAUGAGCCGCGUACAAUUGAGUCAGACCAUGUCUUUAUCGGCUAUAUAAGUUGGUUAAACAUCAAGAAACGACGAGAAGAAAUGUUCAAGACAGGAUGUGUUCCUACUAAAGCAAUCCUUAGGUUCCAAGUGACAGAUGGGAGGACUGGUGAAGACAUUGCACAAUGUGAAGUGGUGAAGUGUGGGUUUUGUUUGGUGUAUGAACCCGAUGAUGAAGUUUCUUCGGCGGCAGAGAGGAGGAGGAUGAAUGGUGAGAGUCAAGAAGAUGAAGUACGCACUUUAAUAUCUACAGAAGAUGGUCCAAUUGAAACUCCAACAACAGCUAAAAGUGAGAACAGUUUCUCAUAGGGAAGUUUUCAAUCCUGGUUUCAUUUCGGUUUUGGACCGCAAUGUAUGGGUUUAACCAAACUAAUACUAUAUCAAUAUCGGUUCGGAUAUCUUUGGAUAGGUGAAUCGGUUAAUACCUUUAUCCUACAGAUUCUUUAAAAGUUCGUAGGUUUUAAGUUGUUUUUUCCUACGUCAUAGGAUUUAAGUAAUCAUGCGAAAUGUAUAUUUAUAAUGGCCGACUCGCUAUCGAGUCUUUGACCCACCUUUGAGCUUGAACAUAAUCACAUCUAUUUUUGACCACAAA